AUGCUAGCGCCUUUUGGAACACCUCAAGCGGGUGCUGGAGCUCUCGACGGCCCUUUGGCAGUAGAUAACUACAAACGGGCAGUCUAUCGUCCACCACCUGCUAGAUUCAUGGUCGACAUGCUUCCCCCUACUAAGCAAGGAAGCCAGUAUAGCUUCGGAAUGCGAAUAACCCCCAUUCUUCGUGGAGAUCGAUCUUCUGUCUCUUCCAGUGAAUCCAAAUUGUCAACCAAGUCGAACGUUGGAUACGAGGCGUGGAGACGCUGGGAAGACUGUCUCUGGUUCCAGGAUACGUUAGAAUUGGAGUAUUCGCGUUUAGCAAGAAUGAAACGUCAGCGACUACUUGCUGGGAAGGGUGUGAAGAAAGAUGGGUUUUACCUUCAAGAUAGGGCUUCUUCAUGGGAAUCGCUACCUCCAGGACCGGAACCAAACUCAGUCGCUCGAGAUAUUCACGAUAUCAUACCCAAGCUAACGAAAAAGGGGACUCUAUUCCGUGCCAGUCAGGCUACUAUCGAGCAACGCCAUUCCGAACUGACAGCUUUUGUGGAGGCGUUGUUCGCAGAAGAUGUCCCCACACUUUUGGCAGAGCUGCGCGCCGAUCGGAUGGUCACUGACUUCUUCGGAUAUUGGCGCCGGGACUAUGACCUUGCGAUGAAAAACGACCAGCGUUCGGGCAACAAACAAUCAAAGCCGCGGUCAUCAAUCACAAGUAGUGUGCUAUCUUCUUAUUUUUCUAAUGGUGACAACAACACGGAUACGGAAUCAGUACAGUCUAGGAGCUCCUUGUCAACAUCGCCUUCAUCGCCAUCAUUUCGCGCGUCAAGAAUAUCAGUAUCUACUGAGGCUUAUCAGUAUGCACGAGCUGCUAAAUCAAAAGAAAAGAUGAAGAAAGAGGAGCUCCCUACACGUAGGCACACGACUUCGUCCUCUACCUCAUCAUCCGGUUCUUCCUCCAAUUCCCGUCACUCAAUGGAUUCUAUUGCGUCGACCAUACCGGGCAUACGUGAAGAUGUACCGCUCACUUUCGAUCACAAUCCGCAAGUGGAAUCGCAGAGGGAUCGGUUUCUUCAAUCAUUACCAGAAGAUGCGGAAUUGCCAAUUCAUUCUGACUCUGAAAGCAUUCCUCCAAGUGUCCGAAGGCCAAAAAAGAGGUCAUCGAAAGACACGCUGUAUCGUCGAAGCGCGCGUAUAUUUACCGCUCCCCCUAAUAUCAAUGAUAUAGUCGAUGGAUUACGAACACCCACCGCAGCUCAAUGGUCUGGGACGCGUGGAAUUCGGGAUUCGUGGCAAACGACUGGUUCUGCUACAACAUAUCUCGAGGGCCUUAACAUUGCUAUUCCCGAUUCUCCAGCGCACAUUUAUCAUUCCUCCCGCCUCUCCAUAGGUAGUAUAGCCACUUUCAUGACCGAUAGCUCUGCAGAUGCUAUAAUACCUCGCAAUCGAACGCCCAGCAUAUCCACACGGAGAUCAUCAUUUAUGCGGAAAUCUAGGCCUCUAUCCAUAUAUACCGUCACAGACGAUGGUCCGUGGUCAGAUGGUGAUGAGGACCUCUUGGAUUCUUGCAUAUUCGAUGCCUUUCCUAUGCCUGCGCAUCUAUUCCCUUUCCAGGAAAAUAACAAGACUGAGUUCCACGAGAGCAGAUCGGCUUCCAGUGGGAGUAGACCGGAAACACCAUUGGGACAUCUGCCCAUUAUUCCGACCUCGCCUUUGCACGUUGAAAUCUCUGAUGAGCGACUACAAUCUAUCCCCGAGGACGUUCAAUCCGUUACGUCGAGAUUAUCUUCUCUCUCAGAAACCUGUUUCACCCCGGUUCCCCCGUCUCCCACUACUUCCACAACCUCUACCGAGUUCUCCUCUUUCACUGCUGCGAGCGGAAUUAGUGCCUCCACCACGCUCUCUACGUCAACAGCUGUGACCUCUGUUCUUUCCGGGAACUUGACUAUCAAAGCCGCUCACAACCAGUCCAUCAUCCUGUUACGCACAUCCCGCGAGACUGAAUUUGCCGAAGUACGACAACGGAUUUACGACAAGUUCCUCGCGCAGGAAAAAAUCACACUUACGGAAGCUUUUGCUAUCGCUUUUGUUCUACAGGACCCUGGGGAACCCCGGUCGUCCAAGGGCAAGGGCAGAGCGAGGUCGAAUUCAUUAGGCGGGGGCAGCUCUCAGAUGAUUCUUGUUACAAAUCAAAAUGACUGGGACCGUGCUUUGGCCACCACCGAGAGCUCAAAGAUUACUGUCCGGGUUCUUGAUACCUUCCAGGAAUGA